AUGACUUCCAUUGGAACUGGAUACGAUCUUGCAGUCUCGACAUAUUCGCCUGACGGCCGCGUGUUCCAGGUUGAGUACGCGAACAAAGCAGUCGAUAACGCUGGUACUGCCAUCGGACUACGUGUCAAAGACGGAAUCGUUCUAGCUGUCGAGAAACUCGUACAAUCGAAACUUCUUGUACCUGGCGCCAACCGACGCAUUCAAAGUGCAGACCUUCAUAUCGGCAUCGCUUCUGCGGGUUUAAUAGCGGACGGUCGGCAUUUGGUCAAGCGGGCACGCGACGAAGCCCAAUCUUGGAGAGACAUGUAUCGUCAACCUAUUUCUGGAAAAACAAUGGCAGACCGUUUGGGCCAAUAUGUGUCUGCGUAUACCCUUUAUUCUAGCGUCCGUCCGUUUGGAUGCGGUACUAUUGUUGGUGCAGUUGCUGACGGCGUUCCAUCACUUUAUAUGAUUGAGCCGUCUGGUGUCUAUUGGGGCUACCAUGGAUGUGCUGUCGGCAAGGGCAAGUCUGUAGCCAAGACCGAGAUCGAAAAGCUUGAUCUGAGCAACAUGACAGUUCGGGAGGCAGUGAAUCAAAUCACACGCAUCAUCUACACUUGUCAUGACGAUGCCAAGGAUAAGGAUUUCGAAUUGGAGUUGAGCUGGAUCUGCGCUGAAUCUAAAAACAAGCAUCAGUUCGUACCUGAAGAUAUCAAACACGAGGCAGAAAGACUGGCAAAGGUACGAAAAGAGGAAUCACAACCAGCAGCAAAUAGGAACGAAAAAUUGAUAUACACAAUGGUUUAA